AUGCUGGAGGGCAGGGCUGCCACACAGAAGGACUGCGAAAAGGUGGAGAAAUGGGCAGACAAUGAGGUGGCGACUGUGCACUGUACAGGCUGGGGUCUCCUGGCUAUGGAGCAGCUCUGCAGAAAGGAUCUGGAGUUCCCAUUAGACAAAGCAUAUCCCAUUACAAAACUCGGCGAACAAGCACCCUCUCCCAGCCCCAAGAAAGAUCCUCCUCAACAUCCCGGUGGGCCAGCCGGGAGGCGCGCCGGCGCUUGGAUAGAGCCACCGCCAAGCGCUGGCUGCCAAGCGCCUCGUCUUUCUCUCACCGCCACCUUCCCCGACAAAGACGCGGGAAGCGUCACCCCGUCCUGUCACCGCGUUUCCUCAGGACACACCAGCGGCACGGCGCUGCACCGCCGCCCCUCGCCCCCCCGCGCUCGGGACUCCCACACCCGCCUGGCAGCUCCCAACGUAGAUCCCGCCGGCGGCCUCGCCUUCCCGCCGCUCUGCCCGGAGCCCGCCCGCGCCGGGGGCGGUGCCGCCGCUGUUGGACGGGAGCUCGGCCCUAGUGCGCGGUGGCAGAACGGCACCGACCGGGGCCUGGGCCGACCCGCGCGGCUUCGUCCCUCACAGCAGCGCGGACUGGACGCCCCCACUGCCGGCGAGCACAAACUCUCCCGCUCGGCCCCGGCCCGCGGCGGCGGAGGGCGCUGGGGGAGUGGCGCGGCGGCGGGCCCGGCCCCGCCGGAGCCGGGGCGCUGCGGGAGGGCGAGCCCACGACCUGCCGCGCGUUACCUCAGCCGGGCGGUGGCCGGGGCCGUGCUGGAGCCACCGCACCACGGCGCUGACCGGCACCUCCUCCUGCAGCAGCAGCUCCAAAACCGCCGCCAUUCCCGGCCGCGCUCCCGCCGAGCACGCGCACAACCCGCGCCGGGGGCGGGCCCGGCGUGUCCCCCCUUCCCGCGGGGGCGGUGCCGAGCGGGGAUUCCCGCCGGGGAGGCGGGCAGGGGCCGCGCCCCCUCCCCAUGUCAACACGCGGGGCACGGGGCGCCUGCGCCGGUCCGUGCGCGUCUUUUCCUCUCAUGCGCGGUAUUUGCUUCCCCGGCAGGACUCGGGCCCCGGCCUAGCGGCGGCGGCGCCGGCGGCGCCCGCGGGCCGGGGCGGAGGGAAGGGCAGCGGCGCCCCCCCCGCCGCUCCGCGCCCGCCCGCCCGCCCGCCCGCCAGCCCCCGCGGCGGAGGAUGGCCGAGGACUCGCCCAAGCGGCGCAAGGCGAAUUUCAACGAGGCGGAGACGGAGGUGCUGAUCGAGCAGGUGCUGAAGCACGAACAGCUGCUGUUCGCGGCGGGACCCGGCCGCGCCUCCCCGGGCCAGAAGAGGAAGGUGUGGGAGCUGAUCCGGCACAAGGUGAACCCGGUGGCUGCCUGCCCCCGCGACGUGGAGGACCUGAAGAAGCGCUGGCGGGACCUGAAGCGCCGCGACCGCAGCAAGCUGUGCCGCCUCUCGCAGGGCUGCGGGCCGCCGGGGCCCCCCGCCCUCGGCCUCCUUCUGGCCCCCGAGGAGCUGCCGCCCGCGCCGCCCGCCCGCCGCCAGCGCCGCGGCUAUGGCUCCCUGCUGCCCGCCGAGGCCGUGCCCAUCGUGGGCGGCAUCGACACGCUGGAGCUGCCCGGCGCCGUCGUGGGGGACAUGGGGUUUAAUGGCAAUCCCGGCCCAUCUCAUCAAUGCAGUGUUGAGAAGAUAAACCUCAAAGAAGAAAUAGUAGUGAAGGUGGUAGAGCCAGAAGAAAGCUCUGAGGACAUGGUUGUGGUUUCACCUAAUCAAGAAGAACUGCCUUUUCUAGGGACAUCAGGCAGUAGUUCUUCUGGGAAAGUAAAAGCCAAAACAAAAGGCAGGUCCCAGGCAGACCAAAAUGAAAUAACUGAAGAGGACCUACUGCAGAUUCAGCAGACCCAGAUGCAGGUGAUCCAAUCUGGCUUUGACAGUGUCAACCACAAUCUUCGGCUGCUGCAGCAAGGCAUGCAGGAUCUGAGUAACAGCAUCAGCAUCAUGGCACAUACGCUUGUUGCUAUCAAAAACGUCUAUGUGAAAAACAACACUGGCCCGACCACACACGCCACUGCCUCUACUCAGACCACAGCUGGGUACCUGAGCCCAGGUUCCCCCCAGAUCUCCCCUCCUGAGGACAGAGGUAGAGUGCAGGUGGCUGGAAGCAGCAGCAGAAGCAGCAGCAGCAGCUCCAGCUCCAUGACACAAGAACCAGGUCCCUCCGAGUUUUCUAGGCCCUCUGUGAGAACCAUUAAGAAAGAACAUCCAAAUGGCUGCUACUACUUCUGCUUUGCAGAUGUGUAAAAACUUGAAUAUAUGUAAAGUGACUGUGGUGUUAGGUGCUGUUGUAUGUUCUGCUCCGGCCUGUGACUUUGAAGGAGCAAAGUGGACUUGCCUCCUGUGUUUUUCCCAGUGGGAAACAUUUUUGCUAUAGGUGGCAUUAAAAACUAAUUACCAGUCUCCCGUUUGUUAACUCUGUUGCAGUUGGCUAAUAAUUCUCUUCUGUUUUCUUUAUCCUCUUACUCUCUUAAAAAAACAAACAUUUGAGUAAGACUUUUGUCUGUAUCAUCCUUUGUUUCAUGUCACCUUUUGAAAAGUAAAAGGCAUGAGAGUGGGGUAGAAAAAGUAACAUUAUGGUUACUGAUCACCAGGAGCUCUCUUACACAAGUUGCUUAGUUCUUUGAUUAAACAAACCUCAGAAGUA